AUGCUGUGUAUGUUGAGGGACAAAGCCACCUAUGUUACGUUAUUCCAGAAGAUGACAGCUAAGAUGCCCGGAUUAAAAGUCUUUCUACAAGCAUAUUCCACUGAUGGAGAGAAGCCACUACGCCAAGCUUUGGGACAAGAGUUGGAGAGGUCUGUUGCAUUUCUUCGUUAGAAUCACGUCAAGGAAAACAUUCAAGAUAAAUGUUCCAAAUUACAGAUUUCCCAGGCAGUCACCGAUGUCAUUGUUAAUGACAUCUUUGGCUCUGAAGCCCUUGUGUAUGUUUCCAAUGAACGUCUCUACAGAAGCAAGCUGGAGGAACUGAAACAGAAGUGGGACAACACUGAGCUGGCAGAUAUGAGAAGAGAGCCGCGAUUUUCAUCAUAUUUUCUCAAGUGCAAAGCAGACAAAAUUGGGAACCACGUAAGUGCGAAAGUGUCAAAUGAUGCAGAAUUUGGUGACGAGGUGCGGUGUAACAAUGUCUCUGAAUCUGGCUAUGCAGUAAUGAAGCACUGGCAAAAUUUUGAAUCGAAGGACAUGAGUACUUUUGUCGAUGAUGUCAAGGAGUUGGUUAAAAAACAAAGAAGCGACGUACAGAGAGCUUUCCUGGGUCUCCAUAGUCUUUACAUCGUACGACCAGAAUAUCAAGAUCACGUGUAA